CGAACGGAUGAACGAUUGCGCCAUCCGACUGCCGAAUGAGGACAAGUGGCUCGACUUCAAGAACUACUGCAACAAAGAACGAUUUCCAUUCAUCAUCUACGCAGAUCUUGAAUGUACACUGCGAAGGAUGGAGCCGGAAAGAGAAAACACGUCGUACACAUAUCAACAGCAGCACAAGGUAUUUAGCGUAGGAUAUUAUGUGCGAUGCUCGUACGACGAUGCGUUAUCGGCGUAUCAAUUUCGUCGCGGCAAAACCAUGCGUUGCAUGGUUCGUUCGGCAACUCGAAAAUUUGGCGCAUCAAAUAAAAAUUUUGUUAUCCGCGAAUGUCCCUAUGGAAACAUUAUCGAGAGAUCAGUGGGAGACAUACCGUAGCGCGACGCGUUGUCACAUUUGUGAGAAAUCAUUUGCGUCGGACGACACGCGGGUACGUGAUCAUUGCCACUUUACCGGUCGUUACCGCGGACUCGCACAUUCGAAUUGCAAUCUAAACUAUAAAAAAUCAUAUUGCAUUCUUGUAGUCUUUCACAAUUU